AUGGCUCGUAUCAAGCAAUCAUCGAGGAAGCGCUCUGUGCCACCGGUAAUAACUUGGACGCGCUUCCACCUACCGCAGGAGCAGCAGUUGCCGACGUGGUCCGUAGACCAGACCCCAGGCCACAUCAAUGUCCAUCAUGGCCCACUUAUAGGUGUGCGAGGUUGUAAGCGGGUAUGGCUGGGAAGAAUGGUCGAGGACCCCGAACAGGCUGCCUACAUUAUCGAAUGGGCCACUCAGGAUGAUGCGAAGAACUUCCAGUCUUCCCCAGCCUGCGCAGAGUUCCUACAGAACCUCCCCGAAUACGAUAACUCGCAAGUCUCUAUCGAUUCUAGCUUAGGACUAGAGAAGAUAACUUUAAGUGAAGCCUCUUCAUCAUUAUCAACUAUGUCACCACGCUUCCUCUUGCUCAACCCCAUUAUCGAUAUUCUGAGGCCGGAUGUGGAAGACCGUGUUACCUUCACUGCCUUUCUGGUACCAGGCAAAGUCGACAGCCCGCUAGGCCUGUGGAGGGAUCAUUUCAGGACGCCGUUUUACUCAUUUAUGCCCCCUGGCUACGAAUCCUUAACAUUCAGCGGCCGCGCCCGGGAUACAUUUUCAGCCACAUGGUUCCAUGUGCUUUCGGAAGACAGCUGGGUGGAGAAGAAGUUUGGAAAGCUGGAGGAACAGACGGCGCACGAUGGUGAGGGUGGUCGGACAAUCAUUUGUCAAUUUCACCUAUGGCCCACUAGGUGGGGUGGCACUCCAGAGAAAGAAGCGGCAUCGGUGGCCGACCCCGAGGGGAGGAAGCGUUGGAAUCAAGUCAUAGCGCGGGUCAUGCCGCCGGCUACGGCCUGGGUACAGGAGCGCUGGGAUAUCCACCGAAUUCUGCGAUGUGAUCCCCUCCCCGUCGAACCUCCAGAGGAGGGCCCGGAGUUUGAAUGA